AUGGCUACCUACACGACGAUCCCGAAAGACGAGGCCGAGCCCCUCAUCGCCGCGGCGCCGAAGGCGGCGUCGCCCAAGUUCAAGGUCACCGCGGCCGCUCUAUGCAUCGCAUGCGCUGUCGCGGGCUACCAGGCGCCCGCGGCGGUCGGGAAGUACCUGUCCUUCGGGGCGACCGGCGGGGAAAAGCUGCCAUCGUCGGAGUUGAACGGGUCGUGGGACGUACAGAUAUGUCUUAAAGGCAAGGACUACUGCCUCGGCGUGCCGAACAGUUCUAGCAGCGCAUAAAUCAAAUUUCGCGGCGCCCCCGCCCGCUAUCGGUACGCCCGACUCACUCGGUGGUUUACACGCAGAGGGUAACAAGAUUCAAGACCCGCCUUUGGGCGGCGACGAUGAUUUGAACCGCGUCACACUCUUCACCAAGAGUGACUCCCCUUCACAGGGCAUUCAGAAGUUUAGGUUGGAGAAAUAUUCCUCCACAGGCCAGGCCGACAGAUACUACCUGCGCUUCCUAUCCAGAGACGGCAAUUACGAUGGCUGUGUCGCGCUCUACGGGCGCAACGGCCAGUACAGCAAUGGAGGCUCGCCCAUCCAGAUGCAGGAGUGCCAGUGGAUCGACAACAGCGGCGGCCAGCGCCAGCAGAUCACCUUGCCCAUGGGAGGCGGGAAUCCUCGCAGAGGACAGAAGUACGACGGCUACCUCGACUACGUCCUUACUCAGAAGUUCUGCAUCGGCUCGACGGACGGGUCCCCUAGCAACAACAAGGACGUGUUCUCGAACAAGUGCUACAACACCAAGUACACGGUCGAGUACUUGUCAAACCAGUACUAG